UCCUCUCUUCUCCGACAACUCCACCACUCUCAAACUCUAUCCACGACCCCAUGGCUGUUGUACCCUCCCGAAGCCGUUAUUCCUUCCCCUGUGACUUCAAAAAGUAAGAAGAAAAGCCAGUUACUUUGAGUUCACUGCUUUUGAAGCUCAAAUCAGGCCAUAAAACAGCUCACAUUUGAAGGUUUCACUCACUUUUCGAAGCAAUGUCGGUAGCUACGAAGCCUAAGUUGUCGACGAAACCAGUAAUGGAACCGCGAGCGAUUUUCGGUCCGGCCGGGAACAGAGUUAGGGUUUCGGAUGAGUCAAAGAGAAGAACCGAAGCUCUAAGAAAGCCCCAAAGACCCAAAGUCCCCAUUUCCCACAGCCCACUGUCCGUUGUACAAAGCAAUGUCUCCGUUGACAGCUCCAAUUCCUCCGACUCUUCUUCAAGCAAUUCCUCCUUCAAAACGGCAAGCUCUAGGAAAACCGUUAAGCGAAACGGAGUGAAGCAAGCCAAACCCAAGGUUGCUUCAACAGCUGACGAGUCUGUCACAGAAAUUUAUCCGGCAAUAUCGGGACCGUUAAAACGAUGUGAUUGGAUCACUCCGUUUUCCGACCCACUGUAUACUUCUUUUCAUGACGAAGAGUGGGGUGUUCCGGUUCAUGAUGACCGGAAGCUGUUUGAGCUACUAGUCUUUUCACAAGCCUUAGCUGAACUCAGCUGGCCAACAAUUCUCAACAAGAGAGACAUAUUCAGGAAGCUUUUUGACGAUUUUGAUCCAUCAUCAAUUGCACAGUUUACUGAGAAGAAGAUGCUAUCAUUGAAAGUUGAUGGUUGCCUGUUGCUUUCUGAACCAAAGCUCCGUGCUAUAGUGGUGAAUGCUAAAGUUAUUCUUAAGGUUCAGCAGGAAUUGGGUUCUUUCGGUAGCUAUUGCUGGGGAUUUGUAAACCACAAACCAUUAAGAAAUGGGUUCCGUCAUGCACGCCAAGUACCAGUUAAGACCCCAAAAGCAGAACUCAUGAGCAAGGAUAUGAUGCGGAGAGGCUUUCGCUGUGUGGGACCGACCGUUGUUUAUUCAUUCAUGCAAGUAGUUGGGAUUGUUAAUGAUCAUCUUGUAACUUGCUUCAGAUACCAAGAAUGCAAUGCAAAUGUCAAAAAGGAGAUCAAACCAAGAACCGAGGAAACAGUGGCUAACUAAAGAUGUGGAGAACAUAUGCUUAUCUCAUUAGUGAAUGCUUAAGCCACACAUACCUUUUCCUCGACUAAUCACACUGAUCUUAGUAGUAAGAAGAUUAUAGUUGGAGACUGACGAUGACCAGAUGUUCCGCAAUAUUCUGUUAGUUUUCCAGCACUGUAUUGUAUUGUAUCAUAUCAUCUUUCUUUCUUCAUCUCCUGUGUGUUCCUUGAAUUGUUUUUUGUAGAGCUUUUGGUAAUAUUACCUUUUUAGUGGCUUAAACCUGCUGUUCUCAUGAUUUGGUUGUAAUAAAAUUCGAUCCA